AUGUCUCCCAGAAUUCUCUUCGUUCUCACUAGCGCUGCUAAGAUGAACAAUGGCGCACCCACUGGGUGGUAUCUGCCUGAAUUUGCCCGGCCCUACUUCCACCUGAUUGGUCCGGAUGAGGCAAACCCCAGGGCUGAAAUCGUCGUAGCUUCCCCUGCCGGCGGUCUGGCUCCCAUUGACGAAGUGUCAGUGAAGAACUUCAAGGAUGAUGCUUCAGUCAAGUUCUACGAAACCAAGAAGCAUCAUUGGGAGCAAACCGUAGCCCUCAAGGAUCUUCAGGGAAAGACAUCUGAGUUUGACGCAAUCUUCUACCCCGGUGGCCACGGCCCUAUGUUCGACCUUGUUAACGACAAGGAUUCCAUCAAGCUGAUUGAGGACUUCUACAAUGCUGGCAAGGUUGUUGCGGCCGUCUGCCAUGGCCCCAUCGUUUUCCUGAAUGCCGUUGUCGACGGAAAGCCGCUCCUUAGUGGCCGCACGGCCACUGGCUUCAGCAACGCAGAAGAAGAUGCCAUCAAGCUGACUGAGUUCAUGCCUGCUCUGUUGGAGGACGAGAUCAAGCGCGUGGGUGGCAAAUAUGUCAAAGCAGAAGAUCUUUGGAAGGAGCACGUCGUCGUUGAUGGUCGCAUCAUCACUGGCCAGAACCCCAACUCUGCUCUAGGUGUUGGCGCUGCAAUUGCUAAGGCACUUGGUCUUGACUCUGCCUAA